AUGUAUUCUUUUUUCAAUACCGAUAUGCCACCAAAGACAGAAUAUUGGAAUCACGACCAGUCUGUUGCUAACCCAGCAACUGCUAUCAAUCCACUAUUUGAUGAUCAUUCUGAAUUAAAUCUGGAAACGAUAGCGUUAGCAAAUCAACUUCAUCCUCAACAAACAGAUGCAUCACUUUUCAAUCCAGCUUUUAGUUCCACAACAAACAUUCCACAAGCUCAUGGUCAAAGCGGGUACCAAUAUAAUAAUGAUAUUCAUGAUGAGUUUUAUUUUGAAGGUGGUGCUAAUAUCUCACCUCCUCCACAGCCAUACACUAAUGAUAGUGAGACGUUUCAAACCUAUCCUCGAUCAUCUUCAGAAUCAUCACCGAAUGGAUUGAACAUAUCCCCAGGUGCAUCAGAAGCUGCCAGCACCUUUAAUGGUGAUACUAAACCAACCAAUGGUAAUAUGUUUGUACCAUCUUCGUUAUCUACUUCUCCACAAAUGUCUGUUCCUGGUCCCUACCGCCAAAACAGUCUCACUGAUGCCACAUCUAGUUACCGUCAGAAUAGUUUGUCCGAAAGUAUCCAAGGUGGUAUCGGGCCACGUCUUUCUAGUCGCCAGAAUAGUAUUACUGAAGUUGCUGGAAUCACAAAACCUUCAAAGAGAGGAUCUUCUCAAAGAAGUAAGAGACAAAUGUUGGAUGAACAAGACGCUAUUUUAAUAGCAAGAGACGAUUCAGAGUUGACUGAGGAAGAGUUGCAAUUAAAAAGAAAAGCCCAAAAUAGAGCUGCGCAAAGAGCAUUUAGAGAACGUAAAGAAACAAAAUUGAAGGAAUUGGAAGCUAAAUUAUUGCAAAGUGAAGAAGAACGACAAAAAUUAAUGGACCAGUUGGAGAUUAUUAGAAAACAAAAUAUCUCGAUAACAACAGAAAAUGAAAUUUUAAGAAGUAGUGGAGAUAUACAUAGUGGAGGAGCAUUUCCAUCACGUCAUCCGCAUAUCACACCAGUAAACAAAUUUAAUUUCCCUAAAACCCAAGAUGAUUUUAUCAAACAUGUGUUACGUGGUACUGAUCAUAAACUAAAAGAAGAGAAUAAAAAUAAAGUCUAUGCUGAUAAUGAUGGAUGUAAACUAUUGGCUCUUGGAGCAGUAUGGGAUUAUUUACAAAUAAAAGCUGAAGAAGCUGAUUUGGAUUUCAAUUCCAUUGAUUUUAGUGAUGUUAUGGAAAGAUUGAAAGGUGCCGAAAGAUGCCAUGGUUAUGGCCCAGCUUAUCCAUUAGACCUAGUGAAUCAAGCUAUUGAAAGUAGUUUAAAUUGA